AUAUAACAAACCCUACCACUCCAUUAAGUUUCUUCUUUUUCGCCGCCGACACAUAAUACAGUUGCUGCUGCCCACUGCAAACACACGCACUGACACCAACCGUUUCUACUCUCAUAGAGUGAAAGUGAUGGUGAACUUGAUGGAGUGGCAGAAACAGCGAUGGAAUCAUCAGAACGCAGCGAAUGUUGAAAUGAUGUACGUGAAGGUCAUGACUGAUGAACAACUUGAAACGCUUCGGAAACAAAUUGCUGUUUACGCAACUAUUUGUGAACAGCUUAUUGAAAUGCAUAAAACCCUCUCUACUCACCAAGAUCUCACUGGGGCUAGGCUGGGAGGUAUGUAUUGUGACCAAUUGAUGGGUUCUGGUGGACACAAAAUAAGUUCAAGGCAGCGUUGGACACCGACACCUUUGCAACUUCAAAUUCUAGAGCGAAUAUUUGAAGCUGGAACAGGAACUCCAAGCAAGGAAAAGAUAAAGGAGAUAACUGCGGAUUUAAGCAAGCACGGGCAGAUUUCUGAGACCAAUGUAUAUAAUUGGUUUCAGAAUAGGCGCGCUAGGUCAAAGAGAAAGCAGCAGAGUGCAGUGCCUAGUAGCGUUAAUGCUGAAUCAGAAGUGGAGAAUGAGGUUGAUUCCAAAGAUAAGAAGACUAUACUGGAUGAGUUUUUUGCGCCUCAGCCUACUGAAAAUUUGAGCUUCCAAGACCCUCAAGUGUGCUCUGAUUUGCAGUACUUCAAUCCUGAAUCGGAUGACAGUUUGCGACCUGCUAGAAACUUUGAUCAUGAGCCUGUUUUUGAUGGGAUGCUAUCAAACUCAAGGAGCAGCGACUAUCUUACUGGAAAAAUAGAAGCAUCUGAGAGCUUCAACUUAUACCAGUCUGCAGGCGACUACGGCAUGGAAGGUUGACACUCGGUGUUUCUUCUGAUGGAUGUGAUUAGCUGUAAAGAAAUCGUAGUGUGGUUUUGAGCUGGUUUUGAUUAGAAAAACAAAAUGAACCAAUUGAAAUUGGAAACUUACAAGUUAUAUAUAAAUAGUUAUAUAGUUUUAUAGAUAUAUAGUCAUGUCUUUUGAUGGUACUUGGCACAUUUUACUUGAGAAUGGAAUAUAGUUGUGAAUUGUGACUUCAUUA